GCUGAAACUUUCACCGCAUUCCCAUGUGCUCCACACGCGCCAAAAAUUGUGCUACCCCCAGAAUUAAGCUAUUUCAGUAACCUCUGCACUCGCACCGAGAACCACAAUGGCGCAACCUGCUGGCACACCGGUUGAUUUCCCAAUCAACACCUUGCGGGUGUUGAGGCGUUUGCCGCAAAACAUAUAAUAGGUGCGUAUGAGAAGUCUUGUCGACUGUAGGCCCAGUCAAACCCAGUGGACACUCAGGCACUCGAUUCUCAAGGCCACGCCCCAACUGACCUGCAAACACGCGCACAACGCUGCAGGUAAAGUCUAGUCAGCUGAAACAUGAAUGAAGAUCUCGAGCGAGCAGAAGCUGGUCCUAGUGUUCAGCACACAGAUAAUGAUGGUCAACGUGAAGAGCAGGUCCGCGUCGCGACUAGAAAUGGUUUAAAUAAUGUUGCAACGACACCAGGAGAUAGCUCAGCGCUUGUGGCAGUGUGGAUGCAACGACUUCAAAUCCUCACCUUUAUAACAACAUUUCUCGCUUCGAUCGACGGAGGACUUUUUGAGCUCACCACGCCGUCGCAGAUGCCACUUCAAGAAUUUGUUUAUGCAUGCUUCGCUGGCGCCCUCGUUUUCCAUGUUUGUGCUUCAAUUCUGGGAUAUAUAGCAUCAUUUGCUCUCAUUCGAUAUCAGCUCAGUGAUGUAGCUCCUUCUGAUACAAAGAACACCGAGCGAACGCUUAUGACCAUCCCUCCUUUUGAUGCUAUGAGCACCUUUUUUCAAGUUGUGCCCUUGAAUUCGGGGCUCCAGAUUACAUCCAGGACGUCCAUUCCUCCGCUGGAUCUCCUGACCCGGUGCUAUUUUACGACUUUGGCGUUGAGUAGUAUCGGCUUCAUUUUGGCUCUUCUUGGUAUCGCUGGUUACGCGUGGGUGAUACUGCAGCAAGUUGUAGGGAUAUUCACGGUAGUUUGUCUUGGUGUUAGCAUCGUGGCAUCUGUGUGGGCGGUGCUGUAAACUACGUACUUUGACUGCAGGUCUAGAUUAUCCCAGAUUUGAUAAAACUGACAGGUGUCAGCAGACAGUUCUAGCUUCACCUGCGAACAUUCUAUUCCCUACAGUAUUUAAGCUCACGUUAAACUAUUAGUAGGGCAGUUGAUCUUUUCCCCCCGAAUAACACUUGAGUUCGACCAGUCAAAAA